AGUAUAUAAAAAGUUGCUGGCCAGGAAAUAAGAAAAGAUAGAGAAAAAACAGACAUGGAGCUCACACACAUGGCCAACAACCAUGUCCUAACAUAUUUGAAACCUUUUACUCCAAAACUACCUUCAUCAUCUUCCACAACAUACACUUCACUUUCACUACACCACAUCACAUCAAUAACCAAAGCAAGUCUCACAACCAAAAACAACCCAAAUGGGCUUCCCAAAGAUGAGCCUAAAAUCACCAUACCAACCAUGAGAGACAUUCUAGAUUCAUCAAAACAACAAAAACUUGAGCUCAGGCUUCAAACUCUUGGACCCUUUUUCCGAAUAACAGCGAAAAGGUCGGAUAGUGAAGCAGAGAUUGGGAGGGCUGAAGGGAUAAUAAGGGUGUGGUUUGGAAGGAAGAUUUUGCACUUGGAUUCCAUCAAGUUGACUAGAGAAACAUUGGGAAUGGACAAGUCCAUUUUUGGGAUUGGUGUGUUUCUUGGAGCAGUGGCUGUUAGAUAUGGAUAUGAUUGUGGAUGUACUUGUGCUGAGUUACUGGCUAUUAAUGACUCUGAUCUUUAUCACAAAAAGCUGGUUAAAUUUUACACAAGAAUCGGAUUCAAGACGGUAUAUGAAGUCACAGGUUCUUCGAUGGGAGACUACACUCAUAUGCUGGUGUGGGGAGGCGUUGGGACAAGAAUGGAGGCUAAUGUGGAACACCUUCUUGUUAAAUGGUGCACUAGAUUCAUUCCUAAGAAAUAAUACUUCAUUUUCCUAUGACUAAGGUAUCAUCACCAUUCCAAAAAUCGAUUAUAGAUUUUAAUAUUCACCUUUUUUUGACCAUUGAGUAUGAAGUCCAUUUUGAAACUGAUAGUACAAGAAAAUGCUGAUCAACAUUUGCCAUUUUAAAACCUGUUAUCUGGUCAUUGUUUUGUAUGGAAAGUGAAGUAUUAUCAAGUCCUAUCAGUAUCCGUCGGCUUCUGCAACAAAUAUACAGUUUUGUUUAAA